CUCCGCGGGGCGGGCGCGCGCACUCGGCGGACCGCACUAGAGCGGCUGGGAGGCGUGAAGUAGUGCCGCCUGACGAGCCUGUUCGAGCGGUCGGUGGUUCACGGAGAAUCACGCACGCUAGCAAAUUUAAACAUCGUCUAACAUAUUUGUUUCUUGCUUCAGCUAACCUUUUAGCGUUUAUUUUUUUUUUUUAAACCUGUCAUUAGCUGGAUAUGGCUGAUAUCGAUAAGCUCAACAUAGACAGUAUCAUCCAACGCCUUUUGGAAGUGAGGGGGUCGAAGCCUGGCAAGAAUGUGCAGCUCCAGGAGAAUGAAAUCCGAGGCCUGUGCCUGAAGUCCCGGGAGAUCUUUCUCAGCCAGCCCAUCCUCCUGGAACUGGAGGCACCCCUCAAAAUCUGCGGUGACAUCCAUGGGCAGUAUUAUGACCUCCUUAGGCUGUUUGAGUAUGGUGGCUACCCCCCAGAAAGCAACUACCUUUUCCUGGGAGAUUAUGUAGACCGGGGCAAGCAGUCUCUGGAGACCAUUUGCCUGCUACUGGCCUACAAGAUCAAGUACCCUGAGAAUUUCUUUCUUCUGCGUGGCAACCAUGAGUGCGCCUCUAUCAACAGGAUAUACGGCUUUUAUGAUGAGUGUAAAAGACGCUAUAACAUCAAACUGUGGAAGACAUUCACAGACUGCUUCAACUGUCUCCCUAUCGCAGCCAUUGUGGAUGAAAAGAUCUUCUGCUGCCAUGGAGGCCUGUCCCCAGACCUCCAGUCCAUGGAGCAGAUCCGGCGGAUUAUGCGGCCUACAGAUGUGCCAGAUCAGGGUCUGCUGUGUGACCUCCUUUGGUCAGACCCAGACAAGGAUGUGCUGGGCUGGGGCGAGAAUGACCGUGGCGUUUCUUUCACCUUUGGGGCAGAAGUGGUGGCCAAAUUCUUACACAAGCAUGACCUGGAUCUCAUAUGCCGGGCCCAUCAGGUUGUGGAGGAUGGCUAUGAGUUCUUUGCCAAACGGCAACUGGUGACCCUGUUCUCGGCACCCAACUAUUGCGGAGAGUUUGACAACGCUGGUGCCAUGAUGAGUGUGGAUGAGACCCUCAUGUGUUCCUUUCAGAUCUUAAAACCAGCAGAGAAGAAGAAACCAAAUUCAAGCCGACCGGUGACACCCCCUCGGAACAUGGUCACAAAACAAGCCAAGAAAUAGGGCGGUUGGGAGGGGGUGGGUGGGAUGGGGGGGUUGGAGCAGGGGCUGCAAUGGACUUGUAUUGUGUGGUUUGUUUGCUUGGAAUUUUCUGGUUUCACAGUCACACAAACUGUUGGCUGCCCCCCUGUUGGUUUUUUCCCUUCUCUACUGCAGCAACCAGGAAAGACCACUAUAAUGAUGAAAUUAAUGGAUGGAUGAAUUUUUUUAUUAUUACUUUGACUAAAUGGCUGUUUUACCUUAAAAUGGAAUGAAACAACCUUCAGGUCUGUGCUUUACAGUCAUUGCCACAUUUCAGUAUGUGCACUCCAGAAGGAAAGUGGAUUAUGCCGGGCGGAGGUGCCGUGCCCUGCUGUAACUGAAGUUGAGCAAUUAGUCACUCCUUUCAGGCGGGUGGGAGCAAAUCCAUUUUCACCUUUAGUAGUGGAAACACCCCCAAACAAAUCUUUAGACCACUGUGGGGAAAAAUCUUACAUGCUUGCGUACCACACAAAACACUUCAAGAUUUUUCAUAAGGUUGCCCCCCUUCUACAUUUUAGCUUGUCACCAGAUAUCUUAAGUUCGCUGUAUGGAAGGGGCACCACAGCAGUGAUGACCAGUUUUUAAAAUACUGCCUGUACUGUAUUCCUGAAAUUAAUAAAGCAAUUCCUGUAAUGUUGUCUCUCUUUCCACCAUAAUUUUAAAGUUGGCUAAAUUAAUGCAUGAUUUUUUUUCAUAACCGUUGGAAACGACACAGGUUCUUUGCUUCAAUGCAGGGCUUCAAUGCUAUUGAGUUAACUUUUUAUAUUGAAAUUCAAAUAGUCAUUUGGUUUUUGCUGUAAGGAGAUGCUUACCCUGUCUUAUUCUCAGUCAAAGUUUAAUUUGAAUUAUCUAAGUGGAGCAGGAUAAUAAUGGGCAUGAGGAAUAAGUGCACAAGGAAUUUUUGUUGCAUGCAUCUAGAGUUAGAAAUGCAUUACACAGCCUUUCUAUUCCUAAGGCAUGCCUGUCUUAGCAUGUCUUAAGAUAAUGUAGCUUUUCUUCAGGUAUUUGUAUUUUGCAACUAUAAUUUUUCAAUAGUUGACUCCUGAGUUCCAUUUAAACAUCACCCGAUGUAUCAUAAAUGUGCUGUAUAUAAGUUUUGUUUCAUCACAAUAACUCACGUUUUACAGGUUUCAACAAUUGUAUACUUGUUUAAUAAAGAGCGGGAUUUCAGGUGGGAAACAGUG